AUGAAACGAAUUCUUGUUACUGGUGCGGCGAAUGGUCUUGGUCGGCAUAUGGCAACAAAGUUUCUCUCCCGAGGUUUCUAUGUUACGUUUGCAGAUAAUGAUAUACAUUCAUUAGAAAUACUCGAACAACUGCUUGCCAAUGAUGCCGCAUUGUUUCCACCUAAUUCGAAUAGAUCAAUUCAAAGUCAUGCUUUGUUUUAUAAGUGUGAUGUUAGCGACGAAUCAUCCGUGUCGACAUGCAUUGCUGCUACAGUGGAGAAAUUCUCCGGUUUGGAUGCUCUUAUUAACAAUGCUGCUCUUGCAACGCCAUGGAUUUCUGGCAACGAUGAUUCGACUACGCCGUUUGAUAAUGUACCUGUAGCGAAUUUUCGUAAAUUUUUAGACAUAAAUCUUGUUGGUCCUUAUAUUUGUUCUUAUUAUGCUGCCUCACACCUUCGUGCUUCGAAAGGGUGUAUUAUCAAUAUCUCAUCCAUACGUGCUCUUCAAUCCGAAGCUAAUAAUGAAGGCUAUUCGGCUAGCAAAGCUGGACUUCUCGGACUUACACAGGCAAUGGCCGUUAGCUUUUCUAGUUCCGGUGUUCGAGUGAAUGCUAUCUCACCCGGAUGGAUUGACGUUCGUGAAAUGAACACUAAAGAAUCAGUCGCUCUCUCCCCUUUGAGCGAAUCAGAUCAUUCACAACAUCCUGCUGGUCGCGUUGGCGUUCCAAAUGAUAUAACAAAGAUGGUGGAAUUUCUAGUUGAUGACGACAAUGGAUUUAUCACAGGCCAGAAUUUUAUCAUUGAUGGUGGUAUGACAAAGAAAAUGAUUUAUAAUGAAUGA